CAUGAGUAUGUCAUUCUUCAAACAAAUUUACCUCACAAAAAUCUGAGUACUGAAUCAAUUAUAACUGGUAAGUGUGAUAGUCCUGGCAAUAAAUGGACUCAUUACUGACCAAAAUUUGGUAUUUCCUUGGGCAUGAGGCACUUGUCUUUAUUAUAAUAACCUACCAACUGUUGUGUAAUAUCAAUCAUCCUCCCCAUGGCUGGAUGGAGUUAUGAAAACUUGGAGUCAUGGCAGUGUCCCUGACCCUUAACCCACAUGUGUAGACCAGAGGGCCUGAAUGCAGGUCCUGUCUUGAGUCAUAGGCCACUGGACUGGGGGGAGGGGAGGACAGUGCCAGCCAAUCAGAAACAGAGUCAGUGCUCAGGAAACAAUGAGCUUCUGAUGAGGGUGUGGCCUCAAAAACUGUCAUUUUAAAUGACAAAACUGUCAUUUAAAGGAUCAAUUAGAGACAGUGUUGACAAGAAUGUCAUCUGAACCCCUGCCUUGUAUCUGCACUCCUGAAUGACCUGACCCCUAGUCUUGGCAUUGGAAGAAGAGGAGCAUUUCUUUCUAGAGGAUCUUUCAUUGGGAACUAUCUGCUGUGCCCACAAAACCUUGAACCAUUGCUUUGAGUAUGAACACAAGAAAAGAAGAGUCAGACCGGGCCAUCGUGAGAAUAGCUGCUCAUUUGCCAGACCUUAUCAUCUACGGAGCCUUCUCUCCUGAGCGACCCUCUGUAGAUUAUUUUGAUGGAGUCUUGAUGUUUGUUGAUAUUUCAGGUUUUACUGCAAUGACCGAGAAGUUCAGCAGGGCCAUGUACAUGGAUCGAGGGGCAGAGCAAUUGGUGGAGAUUCUCAACUACUACAUAAGUGCAAUAGUGGAGAAAGUAUUGCUCUUCGGAGGUGACAUCCUCAAGUUUGCAGGUGACGCACUGCUCGCCUUGUGGAAGGUGGAGCGAAAGCAGCUGAAAAACAUCAUCACAGUUGUAGUCAAAUGCAGCUUGGAGAUCCAUGGGCUUUUUGACUCCCAGGAGUCUGAAGAAGGCCUCGACGUCCGAGUCAAGAUAGGACUGGCUGCUGGCCACAUCACCAUGUUGGUCUUCGGGGAUGACACCAAAGACUUUUUCCUGGUGAUCGGUCAGGCUGUGGAUGACGUGCGUAUGGCACAGAACAUGGCCCAGAUGAAUGAAGUCAUUCUGUCCCCUAAUUGCUGGCAGCUUUGUGACAGGAGCAUGAUUGAAAUUGAAAGAAUUCCAGAUCAGAGAGCAGUGAAGGUUAUCUUCCUAAAACCACCUUCUAGUUUUAAUUUUGAUGAAUUUUUCACAAAAUGUAUGACUUUCAUGGAUUAUUAUCCUUCUGGUGACCAGAAAUACCUCCUGAGACUUUCGUGCAUGCUGGAGUCCAAUCCCCUGCUGGAGAUGUCCCUGCAAAAGUACCUGAUGGAGAGCAUAUUAAAGCAGAUUGAUGACAAACAGCUUCGGGGCUAUUUGUCAGAGCUUCGCCCAGUGACAAUUGUGUUUGUGAACCUGAUGUUUAAGGAUGGAGAGAAAGUAGAAGACAUAAGCUCAUCCAUACAGGAUGCCUGUGUGCACAUUAACUCUGUCCUGAGGGUCACUCGAGGCCAAAUCAACAAAGUCUUCAUGUUUGACAAGGGUUGCUCCUUCCUCUGUGUCUUUGGCUUCCCUGGAGAGAAGGCACCCAAUGAGGUCACACAUGCCUUGGAAAGUGCUGUGGAUAUAUUUGACUUCUGUUCACAAGACCAUAAAAUCCAAAUGGUAUCCAUUGGUGUUGCCAGUGGGAUCGUCUUCUGUGGAAUUGUUGGUCACUCUGUGCGACAUGAAUACACAGUCAUUGGUCAAAAGGUCAACAUAGCAGCCAGGAUGAUGAUGUACUACCCAGGAAUUGUAACCUGUGACUCUGUCACCUACAACAGCAGCAACCUCCCACCCUACUUUUUCAAAGAACUCCCAAAGAAAGUUAUGAAAGGAGUUGCAGAUUCUGGACCUGUCUACCAGUGUUUGGGCCUUAAUGAGAAAGUGUGA